AUGCCAACCUCAUAUGAAUUGUUCGGCUUCAUUCUUCUUGUUAUUGAAACCCUCAUAGGAAUGGUGGGAAAUGGAUUUAUUGCUAUCGUUAACUUCAUUGACUGGCAGAGAAGCAGAAAACUUUCCCCAGCUGACAUGAUCCUGAGCUGUCUUGGCUUGUUCAGAUUUCUAUUUCAUGAAGUUGUCAUACAGUCGGCAAUAUUCAACCUCUUUUUCAUGGACGCUGUUCGAUUAACGGACGUAAAAAUGGCAGGCUACAGCGGCUGGACAUUUGUUACUACUACUGACCUUUGGUUUGCCACUUGGCUCAGUGUCUUGUACUGUGUAAAAAUUGCUAACUUCUCCCACCCUCUCUUCCUGCAAAUGAAGCGGAGAUUCCCUGGGCUGGUGCCUUGGCUGCUUCUGGGGACUGUGGGCUUCUCUGCAAUCACCACCACUGUGGCAGUAAUAGGCAGUAGCAAAAUGACUAAAUGUAAUCUAUUUGAAUCAUUCCCAAGCAAUAACAGUGAUUCGGAAAUUAAAAUGUCUAACGACUGUUGGUAUGUUGCCCUUCUAUAUACCGCUCCAAAUUUACUUCCCUUCAUGAUAUUUUUGUCCUCGUCCAUCUUAUUACUAACUUCUCUGUGGAGACACAAAAACCUUCUACAAAGCAGUGCUAGGGAUGCCAGCACAGAGGUUCACCAGAAUGCCAUCAAAGCCCUGGCUUCUUUCCUCAUUCUCUAUGUAUCUAGCUUUCUCAUGGAAAUUUUGAGCAUACUCUUCUACUGGAUAGGCAUUACAGAUGCUUGGGCACUCAUACUUAUUUUAAAUGUGAUAGCUUCAUAUUCCUCUGGCCAUGCUGUUAUCCUGAUCUUCAUGAAUCCCAGACUGAAACAGAAAUCAAUAAGGAUACUCCAUCAACUAAAAUGUUGA